AUGGCUAACCCCAACGAUUCCAACAAUGACAAGAAUACCGAAAACGUUGACUCGUCUUCAUUUGCAAGUAUUCUUGCCGGUGUUAAACGUAUGAGAGAUGAACAUGGUGGUGAUUUUUCGGAAAAUGACAUAACAAUACAGAGAAAGCCCCAACAGCAAAAACCAUCACCUCCCACUGCUAGUUCACCAGUGAAGCCAAUCACAAACAAUAUAACAACUGCAAGGAAAGUAUUGGAAACACAAAGAGCAACUUUAGAGAAACCAACAGCAAAACCAGUCUCGCCUGUUCCUCAACAACCUAAGCAAUCGUCACCACCACCUCGCCUCUCAUCUUCCAAUGUUAGCAAUCAAAUACGGCCAGGUAGACUACCACAACAGCCAAGAUCAAGCGGCCUAUCCGAUAUACUUGUGCACAAGUCACAAGAGAAGAACCCUUUGUUGAGUGAAUCGAUGAUGAAAACAACCCCCUGGGUUUUUGAUGGAAGUAUAUUAUCUGACUACUACAUUAGUCCCACUUUUCAAAUCCUUUUCUUGUCAUUAAAGUAUCACAAGUUGAGACCUGAGUAUAUUUGGACUAGACUAAAGAGGUUGAAUAAAGGAUCGACUAUAAUUGAGAAUCGAAAAGAUAAUAACUUACGCGUCUUAUUAGUAGUUGUUGAUAUUGAUUCGCAUCAAGAAGUGUUGCGAAAAUUGUCAGAUUUUUGUAUCAAGCAUGACUUGUCAUUGGUGCUAGCCUGGUCAUUUGAAGAGGCUGGGAAUUAUAUUGCACUUGGCAAACAUCUCGAUAACGCUCCACACCAAGCAAAACAGAGUAUUCGAGGAUUCAAAGGAGCAGAUUACAGUUCAAAUGUAGUUGAAGCAUUUACAGGAAUUAAAUCAGUUAAUAAAACUGAUGUUUCUAAUCUAUUAGCAAAUUAUAAAUCGGUCAAGGAGAUGGUCUUGCAAUGCAGUAAACACGACAAUGAGAUGUUGGGAAACAUACCUGGUAUGGGUGCCGUGAAACGACGCAAUUUGAAGCAAGUAUUUCUGGAGCCAUUUAUAUUGAACAAGGUUCCAAAAGAAUAA